AGGCACGUUGGCUUCCAUUUUUUAGUAAUCUUACCUCUCCUGACAGGAGAGUUCCAAUAAACAAAAUGUCAACAAAUGCACAUGUGAUUCUUAUUAAAAGACCCGGUGUCAAUGGUGUCCCCACGGAGGACAAUUUUGGGUUUGAGGAAUGUCCUUACCCCCCAGACCCUGACCCAGGAGAAAUCCUCAUUAAAACCCUUUACUUGUCAGUAGACCCUGCUCUGAGGUGCAGAAUGAAUGAGGACACAGGAGUACAUUAUAUGUCCCCAUGGGAGAUUGGUCAAGAAUUAGGGGGAUUUGGGGGAAUAGGACAAGUCAUUAAGAGUGCUGACCCUGAGUUUACCCCCGGAGAUUUUGUGGAGAGUCAGAAUGGGUGGCCUUGGGUUGGUUACUUCAAAAGAAAACAGAAUGAACAAAAUCCACUCAGGAAGAUAGAUAAAUCUUUAUUGGGAGGGAAUCUUACUCUACCACUCACAGUUCUAGGUAUGAUUGGCUUGACCUCAUACCUUGGAAUAAAAGAAAAAGGUGGGAUAAAGCCAGGUGGUAACCAGACUAUGGUAAUAAGUGGUGCUGCCGGGGCAUGCGGCUCCUUAGCUGGGCAGCUAGGGAGACUGGAAGGAUGUACCAGAGUGGUGGGAAUAUGCGGCUCAGACACUAAGUGUAAGUUCUUGACAGAAGAGCUCGGGUUUGACGCCGCCAUUAACUACAAGACAGAGAAUGUCAAAGAGAGGCUGUCAGAACUCUGUCCAAAUGGAGUGGAUGUUUACUUUGAUAAUGUGGGUGGAGAAAUCAGCAACAUAGUGAUAAACCAGAUGAACAAGGAUUCUAAUGUUAUAUUGUGUGGACAGAUAGCAGUGUAUAACAAAGAUCUACCCUAUCCCCCUCCUAUACCAGAAAGCAUUGAAUCCAGACUCAAGGAGCAAAACAUUAGCAGAACUAGAUUCUUGGUGUUAAAUUAUGUUGAGAAAUUUGAGGAAUCCUUGAAGAAACUUGCUGAACUGGUUUUAUCUGGCAAACUAAAGGUAAGGGAGACAAUCAUGGAGGGCUUAGAAAACACAGGGAAGGCCUUUGUGUCUAUGAUGAAUGGAGGAAACAUUGGUAAACAACUAGUCCAUGUAGCUGACCCUUGAAGAUCAGACAGUUAAUGAAAUGACAAUCAUAGCCAACAAAGAUGUGAUAGGUGGACCUUCAGCAUAAGUUGAUUUACAUUGCUAUGUUAAUAUACCUAGAGAGCAAUCUCUCAUUCAGUUCCUAUGAAAUGUGAUUUGUAAAUGUUUAAUGUGUAUUGCAUGACAGAAGAAUCAAAAGAAAGCAAUGAAGUUAAAAUUAUUUUUUUCCAGUGAAUGACAUUUUCAUAUACAAUAUAUAUACAUGUAAUCAGAGAUUAGGGACAAGUGGUAAGAAUUGCCUAGUAUUUAUGGUUAUUACUGUUUAUAUUGUUGAAGAUUUUUAAAGUUGGACAAGUCUCGUGAAAUAAAUAAAAUUAAGAAUGAAA